GCAGCUCUUGAGAAGAAAUCUCUCCGGAAUGCAGAGCAUGAGCUGCGAGAUUUACUGCUGUGACAUGUUCGAAAACACUGUGGCAAAUAUGGAGAAGUGAGGCUGUUCCUCUGUAUGAAGAGUCUGGCCGGAGCUGUCAGAACCACGCCUAUAGGGGCCCACAAUUGGUCCAGAAAGCGUAAAAUCAGCAAUCAAAGGGGCUUGGUUCAUUAGUGUUGGGGAUGGAGGCAGGAAGGACAUGUGAGAUAGUCACAGAUCUGCAGUGAACGGGGCCACAUCUCUCCAGUCAGUGUGGGAUGACUGAGAAACAGCUUAUUUCUCUGAGAGGCACACAGCGCAGCCGGGCUCUGCCUUCUACUGAAGCGCCACUUCUGCUGACGGACUCGGUGCAGGAACCAAAGGAAACGCACAUCAGCAGCAACUCUGGGCUAUUUUCUUCACCCCGAUAACGCGCUGUGUGUUCACUGUGCCGCUUUACAGACAUUACUGAGUGCUGUCGAAGAGCGGACCUUCUGGCUCUGGGCUGGGGGGAGAUACCAUUAAAAUAUCUGUUAUUUCACUUCGCUUUUUGUGGAUGCACCGAUGAGAGAUCCAGUUUUCACAGGGACUGCAAUGGCUUAUCACCCUUUCCACGCACACCGGCCGACCGACUUCCCCAUGUCCGCCUUUCUAGCGGCCGCUCAGCCUUCCUUCUUCCCGGCGCUCAGCCUCCCUCCCGGUGCUCUCACUAAGCCGAUCACGGACCACGGCCUGGCAGGGGCGGCGGAAGCUGGGCUCCACCCGGCUCUCAGUCACCAUCAGGCGGCUCAUCUCCGCAGCAUGAAAAGCCUGGAGCCCGAGGAGGAAGUGGACGACGAUCCAAAAGUUACACUGGAAGCCAAGGAUCUUUGGGACCAGUUUCACAAACUCGGAACGGAGAUGGUUAUUACCAAGUCAGGAAGGAGGAUGUUCCCUCCGUUCAAAGUGCGAAUAAACGGCCUCGAUAAAAAAGCCAAAUACAUCCUGCUGAUGGACAUCGUGGCGGCGGACGACUGCCGCUACAAGUUCCACAAUUCCCGCUGGAUGGUGGCGGGCAAGGCCGACCCCGAGAUGCCCAAGAGGAUGUAUAUCCACCCGGACAGCCCGGCCACCGGCGAGCAGUGGAUGGCCAAGCCUGUUGCUUUCCAUAAACUCAAGCUGACCAACAACAUCUCGGACAAACAUGGAUUUGUCCAGACGAUCCUGAACUCCAUGCACAAGUACCAGCCCAGGUUCCACAUAGUGCGGGCCAACGACAUCCUGAAGCUUCCCUACAGCACCUUCAGGACGUACGUGUUCCCCGAGACCGAGUUCGUGGCUGUGACAGCAUAUCAGAACGACAAGAUAACACAGCUGAAGAUCGACAACAACCCGUUCGCCAAAGGUUUCAGAGACACGGGGAACGGAAGGAGAGAGAAAAGGAAGCAGCUGUCCAUGCCUUCGCUGCGGAUGUACGAGGACCAGUGCAAGGCGGACAGGGAGGGCGCGGACUCGGACGCCUCGUCCAGUGAACCUCCUGCCGGCAGGGACACAGUCCACUCCCCGCUGGGAGCGGGUACCAGCCCGCUGAGGUUCAGCAGGCCAAGUCGAGAUGAUAAAACAUGCACUGACAGCGAGCAAGAGCUGGAGCAUCAAGAUGAGCGCUGCACCGGGUCCAACAGCCCAGGACCCGAACCCGUGUCCCCCUACAGCUCCAGGUGUGAGGAGCGCAUGAGGGAAAGACCCAUUGCUGAGAAGAAGGAUGACUCUUUAUUCAGUAUAAGGAGCCUCGAGAAGGACAAAGUGGAAAGCAGGCACAGGAAGGACACCACGGACGUGUUAACAAAGGACUCGGAGGCUGGAGGCAUCAGUGCCACUAAGGAUGCCUUCUCCCCUCUUGUAGUCCAGACCGAGAGCCCCUCACACUUCAGCCCAGGCCAUUUACAAAGCUUGGCUCUGUCUGGCCUGCACAGUCAGCAGUUCUUUAACCCUCUGAACACCGGAUCGCCACUGUUGUUUCACCCUGGGCAGUUUGCCAUGGCCCCUGGAGCCUUUUCCGCUAUGGGCAUGGGGCAUCUAUUGGCCUCUGUAUCUGGAACAAGUGGUUUGGAAAAUGGCAGCCUCUCCACCCAGGGCACAGGAGGAACCCCAAACCCCUUCCCCUUCCAUCUGUCCCAGCAUAUGCUUGCCUCUCAGGGCAUCCCCAUGCCUCCAUUUGGGGGUCUCUUCCCGUAUCCUUACACCUACAUGGCAGCAGCUGCAGCAGCAGCCUCAGCCUCAGCCCUCCCAGCCACCAGCACAUCCAGUCCGCUCUCCAGGAACCCCUUCCUCGGCUCAUCCAGGCCACGGCUCCGCUUCAACCCCUACCAGCUCCCGGUGUCUCUGCCUCAAAGCUCGAGCCUGCUCACCACCGGCCUGCAGGGAAGCAUCAACCCAGGCUCAGAGUCCUCCAAACCGGGCAGUAGAGAAACCAGCCCAGCACCGGAGCACCACAGCAAUCACAAGACAGGAGCCUCAAGUGGGAGGGUUGCGUCUCCCAAAACCUCCGUGAAGGACUCAGUGAACGAGCUGCAGAGCAUCCAGAGACUGGUUAGCGGCCUGGAGGGCCAAAGGGAACCCUCCCCAAAUACAGACUGUCCCAAGUGAUUAAGACUCUCUGACUGGGAUGAAGACUUGGCUUGAAUACUAGAGGACUAUAAGUGCAUAUGUCCUGUACAGCACAUUACAGAGACUGGGAUGAAGGCAUGACUGAUGGGCGUUGAUGAAGGCCAAUUAUGACUAUUUUUUGGAACAAAGCUGCAGGUAGACAGAAAUAUAGUCUAUGUAAUUAUAUUUAAUCUUUUUCAAUUCACAAGUAUUGAAAGUUUCCUUCAGAGCUGACCUGUUGGAAAGCGUGAAAAGCUUCAGCACCAUCAGACACCAAAGUCCUCCCUGAAAUCCCAGUGUUUUUAGGGUUAGCUUUUGAGGACGGCCAGACCCACCAAAACAAAGAAAAACACAAAACAGAAAAAAAAUCCCUGCUGCAAUUCUACACUCAUUAAAUAAAAACGAUUUAGAAAAGAAUAAUAAGGAAAUAACUCAAAUGUGAGGAAAAUAAAGAAUUAAAUAAUCACGAAAAAACUUUAACCUAAGGUCAAGGAUGUCUAUCAGAGAGUCACAGUGACACUACAAAACAAGCAAACAAGUAGUGAAUUAAACUUCAUCAUGUCAUAUCACAGGUGGACCACGCAAGGCCACUAUCGGCCUCUUAUACCGGUCUAACCUGCCCGAGAGCCUGCAGCUCCGCACUGUGCGUGGGGCACUGUGGAAAGUGUGUGCUGUUAAGUUUGGGUAACCUGAAGCACUUGAGCAUCCGAGCCUGGUUUCUAAACUCCACGCCUGAACACGAGGCUUACGACCCCGACAGGCAAGUCUGAUUAUUUCAAAAGGGAUGGAAGGUGAACGUCCCGCCUGCGAGAGGAAGAAAGAACCGUUUAUCAUUUAAUGCCAGAAAAAAAAAACUUUCUGAACUAUUUAUGUAAUUAAAAAAAUCUGUAAAUAAAGCUAAGAUCCAAGAAUA